GUCAAUAGUAUAUAGUAAUCAAAAUGCUAUAUUUUAUUUAUUUUUUUAAUAUGGAUCAAUUCCUUUUCAUCUGUUUGAGGCUGAUUUGAGAAAGGAAGACUCUCUUCAGUAUCAGUGUAGUGUUUCUAAUAAAAGUUCUUAAUGUUAAUCUUUUUUUACACACUUCCCUUUGACAAAAAUAAAUCAGUUUCAUGGCACCUCCCACAGCUUUCAUUUGAACUGCGUAUAGUUUUUGGGGAAUUGUAACAUUGGGCUCCUCUAAAGAUAGGUGUUAACUUCACAAAAAUCAAACUCUAUCACAUCUUGUGAAAAAACUCUCUUGAAGAGAAAGCAGUUGUUCAUGUUUUUUCCCCCAGAGUUACCAACGCGUAUUUUUCCCUGCGGCAUAAUCAGAAGAACCGGACACCUGAAUACAAGAUGUUUGAAAAGGUCACGCAUAGCCUGCUUCAUCGGACUGACCAAGAUGGCACACUGAUUGCAGUUUCCAGACUAAAUGAUUCAGAAAAACUGAAGCCACUUGCAGUGGUGAUCAAGUGUCCAAGAACCUGGUUCUGGCAGAGAAGCAAAUACAAGCCCACAGAUUUCACUCUCAAUGACCUGCUUCAGGGAAAGCCUAUUGAACCAGUGAUAGAAAAAAAGGUGUUUCUAAAUAAAUAUGAAGAGACACAAAAAGGCAGUGUUACUGGAUCUGGAGAGAUAGAUAUGACUGGAGUCAGCAUGGAAGCCAAGGGACAUGGGAAAGCUAAUAUUCUAUCAUCUCUUGGGACACUUCACAAGGAAAGUGUGAUUAUGCGACACUUUCUAAAAGACUCCAAAGACAGGAAAGUGGACCUUGAGCACAAUCUUAUUAAGCAUAUACAAGGCAAAAAUCAGUUUUUCACUUUAGUGAAAGAGCGGAUCUUCACCACUUGUGACUCCACCAUUAAUUUCAGUGAACUUAGAGAAGGCAGCUGCACUGCCAUACUUCAGUUCAUUUGUCCUGCAAAGGUCCGUCUGUACCAGAGCAUUUGUCUGCAGAACACCAGAGAUGUUGCUAUUGCGAUCCCCCCUCACACUGUGGUGGCCUACAGUGUAUUUAAAAUAAGCAUUAAAAGUGAUGGUGACUAUGAAGUUGAUGUUAGCCCUGAUGGAAUUAAGAAAGAUUGCAUCACUACUCAGUGUUCAACAGAAGAAGUGGAUGGCUUACAGCCACAGACCCAAAUAACAGAGGAAUCUUCACUGAGUGCCCUGGGUAAAGAACUGACGAAUUUAAAGGCGACAUUGUGUGAACUGGCUCAUCUGCCAACUAAAACCCGUGUCACUUUGUUAAAUCUCUUUCAAGAGAUUCUACCAGACCCUACACUCCUAUCCACUUUAGAGGACAAGCUGAAAAAAAUAUGUGAUGAAUCUUUGUCUGAUUCUCACCCUUAUUUGCCUGACACCUCAAAUGAGCUCAUCGACAGAUUUUUGGACUCGCUGCAGUCUGAUACAGACAACAGAAAUAGGGUCUUCAAGCCAAAUGGACUUUUGCAAACAAUUUCAAAUCAGAAAGGAAGUCAGAGUGCAGCAGCCAAUUGGACAGCAGAUAACACCAGCCAUAAUGCAUCACCUGUAAAGCCAACCAGUCGCAGGCAGUUAAUCUUGAUUGCUAUGCACAUGCUGAUUAGUGCUGCUGAAGAACUGACAAGUAAUGACCUUGCCUGGCUAAUGAAAUGCUCUUCAAACACAAUAAAUGGGUUACAUUAUUUAGUAACUCGUCUGACAAAUGCUUCCCGAGUCCCCUUCUGUGAGCUUAACUUCCUCUUAGGGGAUGGUGAAGUAGCCCAGGAAGUGGAGUUGCUGUUCAACUCAUCCAAUAUUACACUGAAGAAAGACAACAAAGAGCUGUAUGCAGAGAUAGAAAGUGGCAAUACAGUCCUUCCCUUUGUACUGUGCAUUGUGAUUCAUGGCCUUGCAUACCUGAACGAUUCAUGUGAAAUAGAUAUAGAAAUCUGAUGUGUGUUACUGAUGAAAUUAAAGCAAAAACUUCCAGCAAUUCAAUAUUUUUAUGAUGUGAAUUUAGAGCUUUGGUGGACAUGAGGUGAACAUGAAUAUAAAACAAAUUAUAUUUUUAUUAGUUUUAAAUUAUUGUAUUACAUUAUUAUAAUUAGUAUAUAUUUAAUCAAACAGACUCUGAUACUUAUAUAUCUUCUUUUUAACAGUAAUAUUUUAUUUUGAUGAUAUUUGCAAAUCAGCCAUAACAUUCAAACCACUGAGAAGUGUGACGUGUACAGUACUGAAUAUCAUGGUACAAGUGAAUAGACAGUACUCAAAAUUGAUGUGUUGGAUCUGUGAGGAUCUGUGCAAUGUUGACAAAUGCCAAAUUUUGUAAGUCAACAGUGGCAGUGUGAUGCGCUGAGCAAUGCUCGCAUUCCUGUACACGUUACUUUGUCAUGUACCACCUAUAUAAACAUUAUUGCAGACCAAAAACACCUUCAUGGCAACUGUAUCUGUAAUGGCAGUGACAGUUUUCAGCAGGAUAAUGCAAAUUCUGCAGAUGUCUGAUCUGAUUAAGCUAUGUGGGAUGUGCUUGAAAAUAAGCUUAACUGACACCACAAUACACAAUCAGAGGUCUUGUGGGCUGCAGACAUUGAUAUUAGGCAGGUGGUUUUAUGGUAUGGCCAAUCGAUGUACAGCUGUUGUAAUUGAUUGUAUUUUAAACGUUUUUAAAUUUGCAAGAUGCUUUUAGUGACUGGUUUUAUCUUUAAAUCUGCAGUUAAUUGAUGUUUUUAAUUAUAUUGAAAUAGCAUUUAAAUUUUUUUUUUUAAAUUGCUGUUUUACUAGGUUUUAACAAUUACUAUUUUACGUUACUGAAAUUUUUACAGGUUUACAGAUUUUUUUUAAUGUGAUAGUUAUCACAAAUCAGAAAUUGUUGGAAUAAAGAAUUAAUUAUAUAACUUGAAAGCUUUGAAACUGUUUUACAUAUGUUGAUAUCAUUAAAUUGUUUUAAUAAAUGCCACCAUUAUGUUAUUGCAAAAACUGCAAUAAUGUGUGGGUAAAAAAAUAGCAUUGCAACUGUGUGGAUCACAGCAAAGUUUUGCAUCAAUGUAGUGUCAUGUUUUUAUAUCUCUGUUCUUCAAGAUUAAUUAUGAACCGAUCUGUGCACUUUGUUGCUAACAUUUCUCUGUUUACAUUAUCUAUAAAGAAAAGCUUUUAAUAGAGCAUAUGCAUACACAUUCAAUUUGGAUAUAAAAUAUUCUUUAUAUUUAUUUCUCACCCUCAAAGGGUCAAUGAUUAGCCAGCAAAAUACAUGAACGAAGAGGAAGGGAAAGAGGGACCAGCUUGACAAGGUUCACUUGACAUGGCACACUAAAAAAAAUUGUCAGUGUCAAAUAAAUCUCCUAAGAUCACCUUAACAAACUGCAUAAACAGACACAAAGUGAUAAACAGUAUGUUAGAAUAUAGGCUCUAUAACACUUUGUAAAUAGCAUUUGCGAAUCAGAUUUGAACUAUCAUAUCGGCUAAGAGUAACCACUUGUUAGAAGAAAACCCCUCCACUGUGUUUUAUUAGAGCCCUUAUCUAUCAAAAACUGCAUUUUAUUAAUACAAGAGCACACAAGUAUACAAGUAGAGAAACUAAUAAAACAGCAAAUAUGAAACAAUAUAAAAAUCUUUAUGGCCAAUUAUUGUUUGCUUUUAAUUCCAAUGUAGAAUUUGCAUCUAAAUGUGCAAUAAAACCAGUUCAUCUUCCCUAUAAGUAGAAGUAAUACUGUAUUGUCUACAUAAAACCAAUAUAUAUUGCUGCAGAGCUCAUAUACUCACACCUUC